CGAAGGUUUUACAAAUCAUCGAAAUGCCCGAUUCAUCAAGCAGCAACGGAAAACGUCUCAAUAAAAGUUCAAACAAUUCAGCUUCAAUUCAACAAAUUAAUCCUAAAGCAAAAUAUAUCGUCAAGGACCCUAGAGCAUUGCGACUCUGUAUUUUAUUUCAACAUCUUCAAGGAGUUCCAGUUUUCAAUGCAUAUAAAGCUAUGAACAAGACAUAUGGAGAUAAUUUUAUGGAAUACCGACACUUUGAAUAUUGGUAUAUGGGAAUUGCGAAUGGGAGUUUAACCGUAGACUCAUAUGAUAGAUUUUACGCGUUCGAGAGGAAAAAGUUUACCGAUUUUUCUAAUUUUGUUCAAAGGAUGGUUUUGGAUAUGUUGAAUCCAAUUGAUCGGUUCGCCGCACGUGCAGUUUGCCGUAACUUUCGGUGCAUUAUCGACAAUCAACGCUCCGCCUUGAAGAAAAUUGAGAUGACCUUAAAAGAGGAAUCAGUGGAUUUGAAUGUAAAUGAUGGUACGGUGUUCUACCACGAUGACUUUGAUAAAGGAUGUACUGUAAAUUAUAAGAAACGGAAACUGUUUGUCACUGAUAAGAAACCGUUGGAGGUUGCGAUGGAUGAUGUGUUGGCACUCUUGAGUGGUCGAGAUGUGAGCAUGGAUUAUUUUGGAGUUAUUUUGGCAAUGGGCAAAUGGCAAUGGGCAAUGGUCAAUCCAAAAGUUUCCUUUAAAGCUAUUCAUGAUGCUCUACAAUUGAUUGGAAUCUUGUCGGCAAAGUCGGUAUCUCUCGAUUGUGCUCACACUGACCAAGUCGUUUCACUUCUCAAACACUUUGAGCCUGAAACUCUGGAGAGCUUACACAUCGAAAUUCUUGAAUUUGAUGAGGAUUCCGUCAAAGAACUGGUGAUUCUCGAUCAAUGGGAAGAAGCAAAGACUCUUUCACUCACUACUGUCGCUUAUUUUUCACUUAUCGUCAAGCAUCUUUACCAUUUCGAAUCAUUGAAGUUCAACUUUUUGGGAGAAACUUUUUUAAUGGAUGAUAUCAUCAAAUUUCGCGAUGAAAUUCUGCUAAAAUCGUCCGUGUUCAAAUCACUUACUUGUGAGAGUGUGGAUUUCGAUGCGAGAAUGUUUGUUAGAGUCUUCGAUCCAAACUCAUCUCGUAGAGACUCCUCUGGUUCAAUUGCUUAUAAAACUAAAAAGGAUACAUUCAUCAUCACUUAUCAACCGAAUGCUUUCAAUAUUAAGAAGAAAAUCGACUCGGAACAAUGAACUCGUGAAUAUUAGGAUAAUAAAGUUUUUAUCCACUU